AUGGUGAAGAGCCCGCCACUAAAAGCCUUCUCAAUUUUCAACUCCUCCACUCUCCAAGGCUUCCAACACACCCACCAAUCCGUAUCCUUCAUUCUCCACCGCCUUCUCUCCUCCAACAUGCCAACACACGCCCAGUCUCUCAUUCUUCAAGUGCUCUCUGGUCGACUUUCUUCCCCGUUCUUCACUCCCUCCUCUCUCCUCCACCAUUUAACUCAACCCCACUUGAGCUCUAACCCUCUCUGUAGUCAUCUGUUUGAAACUAUCAUCAAUGCCCAUGUUCAAUCUCAGUUGCCAGAGCAAGCCCUUUACUUUUUGAAGCAGAUGGUUGACCAGGGCCUCGUUCCCAGAUCAAACACUUUUAAUAAUCUGUUGGGUUUUCUUGUUAAGUCAAAAGAUUUUGGAAAAGCUUGGUGGGUUUUCAAUGAGUUUAAGGGAAGGGUUGAGUUGGAUGUGUAUAGUUUUGGGAUAAUGAUAAAAAGUUGCUGCGAAGCUGGUGAUUUGGAUAGAGGUUUCGAGCUUUUGGUUCAAUUGGAGGAAAUGGGUCUGUCUCCGAAUGUUGUUAUAUUCUCUACUUUGAUUGAUGGGUGUUGUAAGAAUGGUGAUUUAGAGAGGGCAAAGAAGAUGUUUGGUAAAAUGGAGGAGCUUGGUUUGGUUGCUAACCAGUACACAUAUACUUCGUUGAUUGAUGGGCUUUUCAAGAAAGGCCAUAAAAAAGAUGGGUUCGAGCUCUAUGACAAGAUGACAAGUAAUGGGGUUGUUCCUAAUGUAUGCACUUAUAAUUGUUUGAUUAAUGAGCGUUGCAAUGAUGGGAAAAUGAGCAGAGCUUUGGAACUGUUCGAUGAAAUGCGUGAGAGAGGAGUGGCCUGCAAUGUUGUAGCAUACAACACCGUAAUUUGCGGAUUGUGCAGGGAAAUCAGGAUGUGGGAAGCUGAGAAGUUUUUUAAUCAGAUGAUAAGGGAAGGUAUUAGUCCAAACACAGUUACUUUUAACACACUAAUUAACGGGUUUUGUAACCUAGGAAAGUUGGACAAGGCUUUGAGUUUAUUUGAUCAGUUAAAGUCAAAUGGACAAUCACCAUCUUUGGUGACUUAUAAUGUUUUGAUUCAAGGCUUUGCUAGAGCCCAAAAUUCUGCAGGAGUUGCUGAUUUAGUGAGAGAGAUGAACGACAGAGGUGUUUCUCCUUCUAAAGUGACAUAUACAAUUUUAAUGGAUGCCAUAGUUCGAUCUGGUGACAUGGAAAGAGCAUUUCAGAUAUUCUUUUCCAUGGAGAAGGCCAGUAUGGUGCCCGAUACUCACACCUAUGGUGUCUUAAUCCAUGGAUUAUGCAUGAAAGGCGAUAUGAAGGAAGCAUCGAAGCUGUUCAAAUCAAUGAGUGACACUAAUUUGGAGCCAAAUGAUGUCAUAUAUAAUAUGAUGAUUCAUGGUUACUGCAAAGAGGGUAGCUGUUACAGGGCACUGAGGUUGCUCAAAGAAAUGAGAAAGAAUCGAAUGAUUCCCAAUGUGGCUAGCUACAGUUCCACCAUUGUAGUGCUUUGUAAUGAUGGGAAGUGGGAGGAGGCUGAGUUUCUGCUUAAAGAGAUGAUAGAGUCAGAUUUAAGACCAUCAGUUUCUUUGUAUAACAUACUUUCUAAAGCGAAAGGUAAUAGUACUGGUGAAGUUAUGAAUGUUUGA